GCAGCACAGCGCUCAACUUUCCUCGGGGGCUGCUCGUCCCUGCUUCGCCUUACCUCGCCUCAAGCUCGUCUCAUUGCCCAGACUGCUCGUCAUCCUGCCUGGCGCCACCUGUUGCUCCUUGUGCCAGCCAACCGGAUCGCCAGACGGCAGAUCCGUGCUGGCACUGUCUCGACACUCGAGUGUCCAGGUUCCAUACUUUGUCCACUUCCACUUCGCGUUUCUUCAAUAUUAGCGCUGACCGUGGCUGUCGCCGUUGUCUCCUUGCCUGGCGGGCGGGAUGAGAUAAGACAUGCGUCCAAACACCACGAGACCAAACCAGGACACACCCAUCACCCAAUAGUCGGAUUGUCACCAUUGGUCGGGGUCUCGGGAAUCGUUGGAGCUGGGGACGCAAUUGCCUUACUCGAUAUGCAUGGCUCAAACAGCGCGAGAACCAACAGGAACGUCUCUAGCAUCCGCUACCUUGCAGGAAUGUACCGUGCCGCUUCGGUGACCACCACGACGCACAAGUGCCCGAGGCCGAUACUUCUCCGGCGUUUUCAACCAUGGCCUGCUUCCGCAUCACCCUCUCAUCCCAAUCCAGACGUCUUUACCAUGUGUGCACGUCUCAGGCAAUCACUCGUCCAAACGAAGUCUGUCCUCAUUUUCUUCACCUAG